AUGGUGCAGCUGCCGGGGACUUCUUCUGCGUCUUUGGAAAUUUGGUUAAGUCGAUUUGAUGGCACUGCAGCAAAAUGGAAAAGGCAGCAGCAAACAAUUCCUUUGCCCCCAGGGGCUGGCCAGUUUGUUUUGGCAGACUUCGAUGCAGACGGGACGCUGGAUAUCUUGGUGCCGUCUUGUGAGAAGAACGAAGAGGGCGUCUGCAUAAAGAAUGACUCUCUUGUUUUAUUGCCGAACAGCCAGCCGCCGCUGUGCGGGUCUUUCUGGUGGACUUCGCGAAGUGUCGAAAAGUGCCGAAGACCUUUUGAACUCUGCGACCCCAACAAAGACUUCCGACUCGCCAGCUAUGGCGAGCAAAAUGCAACAGUCUCCUUUUUGGAUUUGGACUCUUCAAUUCAUUUUUACGGAGACAGUUUAAAACCCCCGACUCUCACAGUUGGAGAUGUUGACGGAGACGGAUUUCCAGAUGUGGCUCUUGUGGCAGUUAAAGAAGGGGGAAUUAGAGCUGCUCGAAUUUACCGAAAUGUGGCUGAAGGCCCGAAAACAGGCCCAGGAAACCCUGGAAGACGGCGGUUUGAACUCGCGGCGGAGUUUGUGGGGACAAUUGAAGGAAAAACUCUUUUGUGUAAUCGCGUGGCUUUUUUCGACUUUAGAGAGAAGGGCGCGUUGGACUUGGUGUGCCAGGGGCAGCCGCAGCAGCCGCAGCAGCCGCAGCAGCAACAGCAGCAGCAGCAGCAGCAGCAGCAGCAGCAGGGGGGUAGCCCUUUUGACACGCUGCGGACGUUUCUGCGGCCCUCAGACUCUUCUGAUGAUUCUCUUUUCUUCAAAGUGACUUCUUUGAAUGGAGUUUGUCCUUAUUCGUUUUGUUCAAGACCUUCUUUGUCUCCCCUUUCGACCCCCCAGAAUCUUUUGCUGCCAAGCAGCAGCAGCAGCAGCAGCAGCAGCAGCGGCAGCGGCGGGGGUGGCGGCGGCGGCGGCGGAGACGGUGAGGGGGAAGCAGCGCGCAAGCAGCAGCAGCUGGAGCAGCAGCAGCAGCAGCUGCUGCUGCAGCAGCAGCAGCUGCUGCAGCAGCAGCAGCAGCAGCUGACUCUCUCCUCCCCCAUUCAAAUGAUGCCCGACCUGCCGCCGCCAUACGGCGCAGCAGCCAUUGGGGCGGCCUUCAAGCUAACUGUGACGGACCUGAACGGGACGAAAUCGCCUCGCACGGGAGCCCAAAUGCCUCAAAGCGCACAUGCGCCUCUUUCGCUUCCUUUUGAAUUAUUUGGUUUGGGACAAACAAAUAAUUAUGUGGAAGAGUUUUUUGUCGGACUGCCGCUGGCCCAGCUGACUGCGUUUAGCAUGUGGGUUUCUCUAAUUCCCAACUCCCAAGUAAUUGUGAUGCCUUACCCUUUGGAGCAGCCGGGGGGUUGGCAGCUCGAGCUGUCUGUACACCCUUCCCGGAGCUUCGUCAACAUCCUCAUUACGACGGUGAUUUGCCUGCUGCUUGUGGCACUCAUUAUCUUUAUUCUGGACAGACGGGAAAAGGCAGAAGACUCCGAAGAGCAGCGGGGAUUUCGCAGCCACUUUAUUGUGAGUUAA